GUCUGGCAACUACGGCACGACAAGUUUGAGGUGCCUUGGACCUUCCUUCUGGUACUAAGAAUCUGACCUUUACAUAGCUCCUGACAGUGUCUACGCUUACGAUUAUCCACCUCAUUACAACGAUUUUCCUACAUUUUUUGACUGGCCUCCACCCUCGUUUGAACAUGUUCUCCAAUAGUUUCCUCCUACUGCUGUGGACUGUGAGCUUUGUACUGUUCACAUGGUGGAGCAGUGGAAUGCUUACCCACACCUGCAACAAAGGAAACUGGAGGAGUAGCGUGGGUAUCAAUAUCUGCAGAUUGUUUAAAGCGUUGUUCGCUUUUACGUGCGUCGGACUUGUAAGCACGCUCCUCGCCACACAUCUCGACUUACGCGUCUACCGAGAUGAUACGCGCUCAAGCAAGUACGAGCAGAUAGAGACCAAAACUCUCGACGUCGACCAGACACACACGGCGUACGGCGAAGAUGAAGUUGCUGCACCGCGGGAGACUUAUCAUAGCGUACCUGUAGUGGCGAGAGAUGAUUAGAAAUAACGAGGCUAGAAGGGCAGAACUAGAUACAUACGAUGAAUGUGUAGCGUCGUUUGACGACGUCGGUGGAUGAAGGUGGAUCCAUAAUUAUACAGGUCACAAACGAACGUGUGUAACUGUAACAGGUAUUUUGGGUCUUAUCUAGGCAGA